AUGCAACAGCACGUGCCCGUCGGUGACGGAGAGGGUCGCAACGCGAAUGGCAACGACGCUAUGCCGCACCAGCAGCGGGAGCGACGACGCUGGAGGAGGCAAAGGCAUCGACAGGAGGCGAUGCUCCCCGUGUUUGCAGCUGGCGCGGUGGCAUGGGGAACAGUACCUGCGGCAGGAGCGGCGACCGUUGAUGGUGGUUUCCCCACUACGGUGGCGGGGGGAACGGUCGGGGGGCAGGCGCUCGCGGCGGGAGCAGCGGCAUCGACGGCAGCACCGGCGGCGAGAGCGGCGACCCCCGGCAGCAGAAUCUUCCCCGCGGCGGCGGCAGGGGAGACGGCCGGGGCGCAGGCACUCGCGGCGGGAGCAGCGGCAUGGACGGCAGCACCGGCGGCGAGAGCGGCGACCCCCGGCAGCAGAGUAUUGCCCGCGGCGGCGGUGUGGGAGCCGGUUGGGACGCAGGGAAUUGCGGCUAAAGCGUCAGCAGCGCAAGAGCCGGAGGACGAGUGCGAUGAGGAUAGCUGUUGGUUGGGCCAUGGCGACGAAGGUGGCAACAGUAGCGACGGCAGCGGUGACGGCGGCAUCGGGGCGUUGUCCGCCGGUGCAAGGCAUCCCGGCGCCCAUCCGACCGUGAGCAAUGGCAUCUACGUCGUGCGGGAUGAUGGGGGGUAAUGCCAGGAAGGGAGGAUCGAUCGUGGCAGAAGUGUUCGGCAUGAAGUGAGAGACUUGGUGAUCGGGAUCUCCAGAGG